AUGUCAACGCCGUCAAACGAACAACAUCAAUCGAAGCACCAACAUCCCCGUCAUAGCACUCACCGCCAGUCAAAUGUACACAUAUCUACGUCAGCAGUAACACAGCGACAGUUGAGUCACUUGAAUUCACAAGUUGCACAACUACAUGCCAACUUAUCUGAUUUCAAUGAUUUGAUAACAACUGCUAGCGAGCAGUAUAAGAAUAUUGAAAUGUUGGGCAAGAUACAUGCAAGUUUACUUAUGGGUAGUAGAAAGAUAUUUGAGGAAGAGGCAUUUGAUAACCAAGAGGAUCCCAAAUAG